AUGUCACUUUUUCGAGGGAAUCAAGUAGCAACAAUGGCCGAACUUCGCAUCUGCUCCGCCAAGCUGGAGGGCUUACCGCCGUUCCCGACUUGGAACGGAACGAUUGCUGCGCCUCUCGAAGACGCGCGCGGACUCUGCAGCACACUGGGAGCAGACGGAGAGCUGGUGGUGCUGCAAAAUGACAGGAGCGACGAUGACAAUCACAGCUGGUUGCGCAUCCUGAAAGUGCUGCCUCCUGCAGUGGAGAAGUUUUCAAGCUUCUGCCAGUGCUGGACAAACGAUGGAGCGAUGAUCGUAACGGCGCACGACUGUAGCGUGGUGCUCUACAACAGCAAUGACUUCAAGGUGCUGGCAAAACUACAGCUGCAGUAUACUGUGGCGUCCAUGGAUAUCACAAAGAGAUCCCAGACUGCAACAAGGAAAAGCGACGCAUCUGAGAUUCUGCUGAUAGUGGGCAGUGCGUUCGGAUGUUUCCUGUACAAAGUACUUUUGAGCAAUGCCAGAGGCACUGGGGAUACGGCAGAGCUGAAACCGGUUGCAAGAGUGCAAGAUGGGGUUGCUGUGUGCUUGGUCAAGUUCUCGAGUGAUGGCCACUAUGCAGCCAUGGGUACCAUGGAUGGUAGACUAUUCUUACGAAGAUUGGAUUCCCAUGAGGACGACGUACUAGCAACAUUCGGGACCUGCGUAUUGACCCGAGUACUCAAAGCACCACGGGUCACUAGCAUGUGUUUCUCUGCCUGCAGUACGAAGCUCGUGGUGGCUACUAGGAAGGGCAAUGUCUACGUAUUUGUCUGUGCAUCGGAGUCAGGAGAAUGGCAGAUGUUGCCAAGCUGCAAGCACCUCAGUGAGAAUCCCAAGCCUAAAGCAGGUAGCGCCGCGGGUGUUAACAAGGUGGCCACUGCGGCGCAGACACUGGUGGCCUGUUGGGGUCCUGUGCUCGUGGUGUGUUCGCGUGCCGUUGCGUCACGGGUGGAAAUGUACGACUUCGAGUCAGGCUACCUGCUGCACUCGCUGCAGCUUGCGUCAACGCCAGCAAAUGCUGCGUUGAACGAAUGGGUGGACCUGCAACUGGUCACGGGAGUUUUCAGCGUGCAACUAGCUUCAGCCAGCGGAUACUCGUCAAGGCUGCUUUGUCACGACACCAGCGCCAAUGUCGUCGUGGUAGAGUGGUCCUUCCUAGACGUUAUCGCGCAGCGACGCUCUACCGUAGAGUUAACACUUGAAGGCUUCGAUAAACUUCAAUAG